AUGAGCCUAGGAAGCAGAGGGGGGAGACGAAAACGCAAGUCCAAGGCGAAUGCGAAUGGGAAGCCUCAGAGGAUAACCCUGUUUGGAUUCAAUCUCUUCGGCCAACCACCACCCAUCCAACUCCCACCCGAUGACGACAACGCUGACGACGAUGCGCCUUUAUUCCAUGUUCACCACAGCAGCAGCGGGGGUGGCAGCACACCCACAACAACACUAACAACCCAAACUUUUGACUCUGAUGCUGCUCCUCUCGACAUAUCCACCAUCCAAUCCAUCUCCGUCUCCAAAGCCACUGAAGCAGCCGAGGCGGAGGCGAAGCGUCUCAAAGAAAAAGAGGAGAGGAGACAACGGAGGAAGGUGAGGAAGGAGAUGAAGAGGCUUGUGGAGGCUGGUGUUGUUGGUGAUGGGGAGGGGUUUGAGGGGUUACAGGGGAGUGGUGGGUUGGUGCUUUUGAAGCAGCCUAGUGGUGCUGGGGUUGGUGUGGGAACUACGGCAACUACAUCUUCAUCGGGCUCUCAUUCGCAGUCUCACUCUCGAUCCCAACAGUUGAGGGAAGGUUUCGGACACUUUGUAUCCACCCCUCUUUGUCCUCCAACAGCAGCAGCAGAGGAAGACGACAAAAAUGCAGAUCUCGAUGGAAGUCUCUACGCACGCAACAAGUCAAAGUCAACGAGCGGCACUCAUUUGACCUUGGAUUCACGUCGUAAUCGCUCUUCAUUGAGCCGGACCUCCGCAUCUAUGUCUGACCGAGCCCAACACCUCCAAUCCAUCCCCAAUCCCGCUGUCCCCAACCCCAACCAGCCUAAAUCGAAAUCAAAACACUCCUCGACCUCCCAAUCAAGAUCAAGAUCCAACACAUCCUCACAAUCACCCUCCCUCCAAUAG